UACCAUAAUAUCUUGGCUGCUGAAUUAAUGUCAGUUUUAAUAAAAGGAAAAUGAGAGCACAUCUUAUAAUAAGGAGCUUGUACACAGCACAAUGGGGACUUUUGGCUCGCGUACCACGCCGUGCCAAUCCCGGCAUGGCGUAUCAGCUGCAAGAUUUGCAACAGCAGGCGUCCGAGGCGAGUGAGGAUUAUGCUGACAAUGAAGCGGAUUUUACGUCCUCACAUAAGACACAUCGUCAAUACGAGGCACAGCAGCAGCAACAUCGAGAUCGUGUGCGCCAGUUUAUGAUUAAACACAAAUAUUUCCGUGAUGCCAAGCUGCCAAAUUUCCUGCUGUACGCAGAAAAGGAGCAAAUGCGUCUACUUCACGAGCGCGAUGCAGAGGAAUGGAGCGUUGAGCGGCUGGCUGAGAGUUUUCCGGCCACUCCGGACAUUGUACAGAAAGUGUUGCGCUCCAAAUGGCGGCCACAGAGUGUGGAACGCAUACGCUCCCAUGAUGCCAGCGUCAUGAAUAAUUGGUCAAGAUUACGCUCUGGCAAAUGCACCGAGCUGCCGGCUGAGCUGCUGCAGCAUCUGCAAAAAUUUGCAGAACGCCAGCGACAAGAUCUCCAACAGCUUUCUCCAGAGCAGUGGCCAACGCGGCCGGAGCUACCAUUACCCGAAAAAACAGAAUUUCGCGCCUUGCUCGGCAGCAAACCCAACAAGCAGCUCACAACGGGGACACCUACCCAGCAAAUAGAGACUAGGAUAAUGCCUCCUUCUGAAGCUGAAGACGAAACUUUUCUGCUGGACAAAGUACAAAACAAGCGCAAUAUGCGCUUGCAGGAGCUAAGACAGUCACGGCUAGUGCCUCAGGAGGAGCAAAAGAAAAUUCUGUUGGAGCAACCGCUGCCUAAUCCCAGCGGAACGGGCGUGCUACCCAGUUUUGUGCAGAAAUUUGAGCGCACUGAAAUUGUGGUCAGUGUUGAAGAUCAGCGUAAAUACGAGAUGAGCAAAGUGAAGGAUCGCAUAGUUAUACCACGCAAAUUAUAUCGAGAAGGAGCCACAUAUCGCAUAGAGGAUGCCUAUUACGAUGAUGAUGGGGAGUUUCUAUAUCGAGUGCCUGGUAUGACGGGCGGCAAUCGAUAAAUGAAAAUGUAAUUAUUAAAAAUAUCA